UUUUUUUUUGGCAUCGCUGAGCAGCGAGUCAACUAAGCGAGCCAUUGCUGAGCAGGGAGUACAUUGGAAGCUAUUGCCAAUAGUGCUUCAAUAUUAAAAUUGAAAAGAAUCGAAUCGUAAGGUUGUCAAAACAUGUACAGUGACAUGUAAUUUUGAAAUUUUCGUCACGAUGAACUCCACGGUGAAAACAAAUAUAAAUGAGGUAAAGUGUUUCCAUAGUUAAAUAUUUGAAUUUUUAGUACUUCCUCCGUCCCGAAUAAGUGAGGUAGAUUUGCGUAAGAAUCUCUGCAAAUUAAGGAAGUAUAUAUAUAAACUUGCUGACGUCACCUUUUAUUUUCUUAUGACAUGCGUGUUCCUCGUUUGGUCGGCAGCAGAUGGGAAAGCAAUGCUGCAAGCGCGUGCCAGGGUUGCGUGCGGUGGCACGUAGUCAACUCCCAAAAAAACAAACAUUUUUUGUCUUAUCUUCUCCCUGAUUACUUCUCCUCCAAUCCCCGCACAGCCAUUUCAUAAUCCCGUCACGAUCUGGUAAUUGAGCUGGCUCAUCGCCUCGCUCACUUUGCCAGAGUUAGGAAUUCCUCUGGAUUCUUAGCUGGGUCUGUCCGGGAUGACACUGUUACUAUGUCUCCGCCUGGCACUUCGCCCAGCUAAUCGAUUGGUUUUCCCCUCACAAAAGAACUCGAUGGCCAGGGUCGGCGGUGGGUCUUCACGGCGGGAGCUGGAGGUUUCUGCCGGGCGGGGCGAUCCGGUUAACAUGUUGCCCGGCACGAGGCGGGAGGCCGCGACCUGGUGGACGCCGGUUGAGGCGUCGCUCAAUGGGAUGAGUAAAUGGCUGGUGGCUGGUGGUUUUGCGUUUGCAGCUGUUUGGAAGCAUGAUGCUGAGGUUAUGUGGGCUUUGAUGGGUGCGGUGUUGAACAAGGCACUUUCAACAAUUCUUAAAAAGAUGCUCAACCAUCAAAGGCCGGAUCAAGCUUUGCGAUCUGGUCCUGGGAUGCCAUCAUCCCAUGCUCAAUCCAUGUUCUAUGCCGCGACGUUUCUAGUUCUAUCAUUGUUCAAAUGGCUUGGGACAAAUUACCUGGCAAUGAUUAUCGGGGCUACAACUAUGGCAUCAGCAUCCUAUCUAUCGUGGUUGCGGGUGUUGCAUCGUCAGCACACGCUGAAUCAGAUCCUCGUGGGUGCUGCUGUAGGAUCUGCUUUCGGCACUCUGUGGUUUGUGCUCUGGCGUUCGCUCGUGCAGGAAGCGUUCGCUUCCUCAUUAUGGGUGAAAAUUACAGUCCUCCUUGGUCCAGUGGCGUUCUGCAUUGCCGUCAUCCUCCAGAUGAUCCACGACCGGCGCAAGGUUUAAUCGUGAUAUAUACAUCUGGUUCAAAGCCUGCUGGUGAGAGAACGAAGAGCAAUUCAGCUGUUUUCCUACAUAUAUUUGCUUUACUACACAUUGUACAUCAUUGGUCAUGGGCAGAUUAAACAAAUAAUUUAAAUCAGGCCCCUAUAAAUUUUUUGCAAGAAUUCUUUACCACUUCAUUCGUGUGUUGUACACUUGUAUGAUCAAUGUACAUCAGCUCAACACUCCAAUAAGUAACACGUUGUUUUGAUUUUGUACCAU